CCAAAUUGGUAACAUUGUUCAAUAAUGAAUUAUUGUAACAACAUAAACAAUAAACUAUCAUAAAUGAUACAGUCGAUAGAUCUAGAUCUAUCAUAAUAUAUUUUCUAGACCUAGAUUUUAGAUUAUAUAUCUAGCUAGCAUUUCUGAACCAAUUCAUCAAUAGCACUGACAUUCUGCAAGGAGUAUUGCCGCAAUGCUGUGUACAAAAUGCAGUUACAAUUUCAAAGAAGCAUUUGAUUAUGGGGGAACACCUCUCUUAUGAAAAGAAAUAUGACUUCAAAGCAAGAUAACUUAGAAACAUUUGCCUGCCUUUAUAAUUUGGUGACAUUUUAAAACUAUAAAACACUCUGAAUCAAAGGAAAUGUCAUGCGAAAGUUCAGACCCCUUACUGCAUGAGACAGUCUGGUUGAAUCAGUUACAGUAUGAGAAAGCAGAAGCAGAUUUUCAAAAGCUUUCUUUGGAAGAUGUUAGAAUUGAUAUUGGUGAUUCCAAAAGAGACACAUUUAGAUAUGACAUUUCUGGUCUUAAAGAAGAAACUAUUUGGUUUAAACAGAACUUUUAUGAAAAUGAAGAAGCUAAUUAUUACAUGUACCUAGCUGGCACUUCUGUUGUUUCAUCUACAUUGAUGCCUGGCACACCUGUUAAGCGUCUUCAUAAACAGGAAGAGAAAAAACAGCCUAAAAAACAACGUCAAGACAUUGAUACUAAAGGAGAAGGUGUUGAAAAAAAACUUCAGAUGAACAUUGCAACACUAUCAAAGACAGUAAAAACUCUGCGUGAUCGUCUUGGGGACUUUCACAAAGUACAGCAACGCAAGGCUCAAGCUAUUCGUGACACUAUUGAGCGCUUAACUUCUACUCUUGAAGCUUGUCAAACUCAGUUACAAGAGGAGGUGGCUAAAGCAUCAGCACAGCUCAAUUCAUUUACCUCUGUCCUUGGGGAAAUAGAUUCCCUGAUAGAUACAACUAAUACUAUUCUAGACGAAGAGUCUUGGGAAAGCUACAAAAGUCACAAGUUGUUUUGUCAGACAUUGGCUGAGCGCGUUUCAAAUUUAAAUGGAGAAAUAGCUCAGUGUUCAGACAUCAUUCAUUGUUUUCAACCAGAUACUCCAAAAAGUGAUAUAAAUAGAAUAGUUGGAGAAAUAGCCAAACUAUCUUUAUUGAAAAAAUAUUCUGGCCUUGAUAAGUUCAUUUCUAAAAAAGAAAGUAUUGCUAAAAGUAUAAAAGAUAUGCUUGAUCCAGGUACCUUCAGGCAUGAUGAGGCUUCUUCUUCUGAAGGAAGUCUAGAAGGCAGUGGAUCCAUUUCUGACAACUCUGAAAGUGAACCAGGAGCUAAGUCUACUAUAGCUUCUAAAGUGAAAGCAUCCAAGAAGCUGAAAGAGAACAAAGUACGCAAUGGCAAAGAUAAUCGUAAUAAUAGUUCACAUUCAGCUAACAAGUCACUAGCUAGUUAUCAAAGUAAUAGAGGGAAAACGGAACUAAGUUUUGCUCAGAAUGUAUCUGCUGCUACUUCAAAGAAAAGAAAUGCUCAAGGAACACAAAAUGCUGCACAGAAAAAGCAAGAACCCUUCAAAUUUAAAGGAGUUUCUCCUACUUCUAAAAAUCCUUUUAUGCACCAGCCUGGACUACUUGGCCCAAGACCUAAUCUCAUGCAACAAGCCCCUAACCAUCCAACUUCAUUUAGGUUUUCCAAUUUAAACACAUUGGCCCAGCAACAACAACGGCAUUCCCUUCAAAAUUUCGGUGCAUUUCGAAAUCCAGUUUCAACAGGAAAUCAAUCAGUUUUUGGAAACCUUAAUUUCAACUUUGCAAGUCAGCAUUGUGGUACUAACAGCAAGGUAUUGCACAAUCCACCAAUAAAUUUCAAUAGUUCUCGAGGACAAGUGAGCUCUGUCCCAAAUAUGGGUGGAAGUACAAGACAAUCAAAGAUGUUUCAACAAAACCAUACCCAGAAUAAGAACAUGAAAGGGACUGAACAGUUUGGAGCUCAGUCUAAAAAUGCUGGAUUUUCCUAUCCAUUCCAAAGAGCCUCAAUAGGAUCAGGAUUAUUGCAAAAUGCACAGGGCAAUUUAUUAAAUACCUUUACAGGAUUACCUCAAGGAAAUAUGGAGCAGCAGUUGAAUGAAAUGUCUCAAAAGAUUCAGCAAAUGCAGCUUUCUGCUAGCCAAAAUUUUCAACUUCAGCGACUAAUGCAAGAGACUGAAAGAUUAAAACAAAUGGUUGCUCAGAAACAACAUCAGCAGCAAGAUAUGUUUCAACAUCAGUUUCAGGGACUCAUCAAUGCUUUCAUGCAACAGCAACAGCAGCAAUUGACCCAAGGCCCACAAUCUAAGAUGGCAAAAUCUGUGAUGUUUCAAAAUUCCCAAAGACAGCGUCUUAUUCAAAACCGACAGCAUCAGCUUCAACAGCAAAAAAAAUACAAACAGCAGCAAAAUAAAGUGCAGUUGAACAACCCAUUGAAAAAAUUGAAACCUGACAUUUCUAAAAGCUCAGAACCUUACAGAAGUGGUGCUGUAUCUGGGGACUAUAAGUCCAAUAUCACUUCAUGUAUGCGUAAGAAAUUACCAAGACCUGACUCUCUAAUCACAAGGCUAGGUACUUUUGACCCACAAGUCCCUGGAGAUAAGCACAGGGCAGGCAUCAGUUCCAUGGUUGUAUUGGAUGAAUUAGGCUGCAUUGUCCUUACUGACAUCAUCAACAGUUGUUUGAAGAUGUAUGAGGUCACAAGAACACAUGUGCCCUCUAGUGAGUACUCACACAGCUUUGUCACCAGACUGGAGCUCCCAAGGCCAUUCUACAUGAGUAGGUUGAAGGAAGACAUACUAGUCAUUAGUAGAGAAGGCAAGAAGCUAAGCUUGGUUAAGGUAUCCAAGAAGAGAUUAGAGUUUCUCCGGGAUGUUAUCACUGAUGUCCAGUACUAUGGUGUGACCUCUAUCAGGGAUAAUCUCCUUGCUUGUGCUGCUUACACAGACAACAGAAUUGACCUGGUGAAGAUCCUGGAUACUUCUGUUCAUGUUUCCAGUCUUACAGAACGUAGGAGAGGACCAGAACUUGUCUGCAGUAUUUCCCUUACUGGGUCCAUUCUGUACCUUGAGCGAGAGUCUGACAUUGCUGUGAGAUUGUUCUGCAUCUCUCAGAAAAGUGUAGAGGAGUUUGUUGUUGAUUUAAACUCUAGAGCAUCUGAUGUUUGGAAUUUUACAUCCAUUGAAGAUGUAAUCAUCUGUAGCAACAAGCAGAGUAAUGAACUUAAACUUUUUUCAAUUACUGGCAACUUUUUGAGUGAUCUUAAGUUUCCUGCAGGCUUGAUUAAUCAUCCUUUUGCAAUGGCUUUUUGCCGCAAUGGAACACUUUACAUAGCCAAUGAUGGAGACUGGGAUAGUGAAUAUGGGCAUUUCAUAACUACAGAAAUUAAUCUGUUUGAGUUUUCAUAAAUAAGGAUUCUUGUGUUGCAAAAUAUUUUGUAUUGAAUGUGAUUAUUUUGUGUAGUAAUAAAAUAAUAUUUACCAAUGAACUUCAUUAAUUGCUAUUUUUUACAAUUGUAUUAAUUUUGAAUGAUUAAAAGAAAAGUAUUUAAAACAAUCAAGCAUUGAGUAAAAGGUAUUGCUGAAAAAUAGACAAAAUAGUUGUGAACACAAUAAUUGUGUUCUUUAUAAACUUAGUACCUAAAUAUUUUUUGCACCUAAAAACAUGCUAUAUAUGUAUAUUACGAUUAUUAAGGGAAAAUGAGGUAUUUGAUCUUGACAUUUGUUGUUGUUAAGUUUUAAACCUUUCAAAUAAUUAUUUGUUUUACACACUAUAACAAUAGUGUUUUUUAGUUAACUAUAAAAGAAAUACAUAACUGAUAUAGUGAAAUUAAAUAUACUUUAAAUAUAUAUUUUAUUAUUAUUAAAGACCAGAUAAGCUAGAUUUUCUUAUUUUAUACAGUAUAGGUUUACAAAAUAACAUAGAUACUACAAAAGUCUUUUAAUCCUGUUGCAUUUUUGAUACUGGCUAAAAACACAAUAAACAAGAAAGCUAAUAAAAUCAUAAUUAAUUAAAAAAUAAUCCAUUCUAUUUAAAUCUAGAUUUACUUAAUUCAUUUUCUUCUACUAUGGACCAAAGAAAAUUGCAUAUAGUUUUUAUAAUCAAGAGAUGUGAUGUAUUGAACAUUUAGGUACAUGGUGACCAACCUAGUGAUCAAAUAUAAAAUAAUCUAGCUAGUUGAAACUUUAGUUUGUAGUGGCUGAAUCCAAAAUGUACUGCAACCAAUUAAUGAUUACAUUUGUUAUCAGACUUGUAGUGCAUUGUAUUUGUACUAGUGGGUUGGAUAACUAUAUAUUUUUAACCUAGCCCAGAGGGACCACUAAUAGAAAAAGAAAUUAAUCCAAAGAUUGGGUUUGACAUAAUCCUUGUUGUAUCUAUGUUGUAUUGUAGAACUUUAGGUGACCAACAAUUUUAUUUAUUUUAUUUUUUUUACUUUUUAAGCAAAAUGAAUUUAAUAUACACUUGUCUUUGGCUUUCUGUUGAGAAGCUCAUUGUUGUUUGUAUUUGGAUGUACUGCCGUUAUGAUUUCUUUUUUUUUAUUUUUACACCAAACUUUAUAGCAUUUAAUAAUUGUCAAGCAUUUCAUCAAAUUCCCAGUUGAUUUUCACUUUGAUCUGAAUGGUUCAUUUCACUUUACAUCCCUUUCUGCUUUUUUUUCUGUUCCAGCAAUUGUCAUAUUACUUUUCAUUUUUCUUGAAGGAUAUGUUGGCCAGAGUUUGUCAGUUGGGAUACAUUUAUAAUGCAAUAGGAAUAAGCUUUAAUGACAGCAUAGACAUUUAGAGUAUUAUGGAAUAGGUUCUUGGCUAUAGGAAACCAAUAGUUAUUCCUAUCAACAUGGCUCUAGGAAACCUUUAGUUAUUGCUAUCAACUUGGCCAAAGAUGCAUCGAGUUACCUAAUUGAAAACCCAAUCUAACUCUUUCUUUCCUAAUUGACGAUACCAGCGUUGAUUUAACCUAAUUAAAUUAACUUAAUGUUUAAUUUUAUCAACUUUAAUUUGCGUUAUAUAAAAAGAGCAUGCAUUCCCCUUUAAUUCUCUAUCAAAUAAAACAUUUUCUAAUAAAAAACAACAAAACUAUUGAAGCUGAAUCAUAACAGGGGGGUGAAAUAGUAAUGAGUAAAAUGAAGAAUCCUGUCGAAACCUGGACAAAUAAUUAUGGAGAGAAAGAGUUAAAAUCAGGGUGGUGUCUUGAUUCUAGGUUGCUCUUCAGUCCACCCAUCUCUUGUAUUUAGUGAGAAAAAUAAAGAGACUUGGGUCCCAUAGAAGUUUGGCUAAUUUUUUAGCAAAGAAACAGCUAAAUUUGAAGAAAAGCUUAUUUCAACUGCCUCAUUAUACCUCUAAUAGAUUUUACAAACACUUGUAUAAAUAUACACAUUAAAUCCCCUCGAAGCACUAGGUGUUGAAUAUUGUUAACUUUAUUUCACAUGGCCCUGUAUCAAUAUUGUUAACUUCAUUUCACAUGGCCCUGUAUCAAUAUUGUUAACUUUAUUUCACAUGGUCCUGUAUCAAUAUUGUUAACUUUAUUUCACAUGGUCCUGUAUCAAUAUUGUUAACUUUAUUUCACAUGGUCCUGUAUCAAUAUUGUUAACUUCAUUUCACAUGGCCCUGUAUCAAUAUUGUUAACUUUAUUUCACAUGGUCCUGUAUCAAUAUUGUUAACUUCAUUUCACAUGGCCCUGUAUCAAUAUUGUUAACUUUAUUUCACAUGGUCCUGUAUCAAUAUUGUUAACUUUAUUUCACAUGGCCCUGUAUCAAUAUUGUUAACUUUAUUUCACAUGGCCCUGUAUCAAUAUUGUUAACUUUAUUUCACAUGGCUCUGUAUCAAUAUUGUUAACUUCAUUUCACAUGGCACUGUAUCAAUAUUGUUUAUUUCAUUUCACAUGGUCCUGUAUCAAUAUUGUUAACUUCAUUUCACAUGGCCCUGUAUCAAUAUUGUUAACUUUAUUUCACAUGGUCCUGUAUCAAUAUUGUUAACUUUAUUUCACUUGGCCCUGUAUCAAUAUUGUUAACUUUAUUUCACAUGGCCCUGUAUCAAUAUUGUUAACUUUAUUUCACAUGGCCCUGUAUCAAUAUUGUUAACUUCAUUUCACAUGGCACUGUAUCAAUAUUGUUUAUUUCAUUUCACAUGGUCCAUGGACCUCCUAAAACUGGUGGAAACAAGUUCUAAUUUGUUGAACAAAUGGAAUAUGGCCAUAUGUAAAAAUAGACACUGUUAGAUCAUUUCAUAUACAAGUGUCAAUAGUAAUAUAAAUAUAUUGACACUUGACCAUUUUGUCCAUGUCAUUGUACUUGUUCCUAUUUUACUGUAAGAAUAUUCAUUUUAAUAUUCAUCUUCAUAGUACUGUUUUGUUUUUGUUAAAUUCUAAGUAGUGCUAAUAAAUUUGUUUCUGCUUUGCUCACUUUUAAAAAAAACAUUUUCUUUUUUCUCCAGCUGUAGUCUAGCUAACUCCAUUUUCUUGUUUACUUCUAGUGUAACUUUUUAAGGCUUCACUUAAUACAGUUGUAAUAAUUUGUAAUGAAAUAACAGAAGAUUUUAUAGUUAGGACCUUAGUUAAUGUAACACAUUAUUUUAGAAUGAAGUUUGUCAAAAUCAGACGUUUUUUUAGAAUUUAAUCAUAUGAAAGUGCAACAUUUUAUUUUCAAUUGUAGCUCCCUGUAAUAAAUGUAACACAUUAUUUUAGAUUGAGCCUGUAUGUCAAGGUAAUGCAUUGUUUUAAAAUGUGGCUUUAUUUCAAUGUCCUACAUCCUUUAUAUUGCCACCUUAGUAAUAAAAUAAAGAGUAUUAAUGAAAUGGUUUGUAAACAAGUAGAAAUGUUUGUUUCUUUUUAGUUAAUAUAAGAAAGGGGGGG